GUUGCUAGGAAACCCCGGAUACAAAUCCCAGCUUCCCCACCGUAGCACACAUCUCUCUUAUAACCACUGUUCAUUUUUUUCCUUUCAUAAUAAGGCAGUGCCAGGUGCUCCUUAAAGAUUUUUGCCAGCCUUACAGAUUCCUUAUGAGUGCCCUUUCCACACCCAACUGAGUUCCUCUCCGUCACGCACCAGCGCACAGUGGUACAAAUACAAAGAACAGUCAUGGCAGAUGCACUUGGUAUUGUUUUGGGCAGUAGUUUAACUAUCAUGCUUGGAGCCACAGCUCUCUAUAUCCUGAUACGUUGGUACCAAAGUGGUCACUGCUGGCAAGAGUCGCGUUUUGUUUUCAAUCUGUACAAUAUCAGACAGCUGAAGUCAAUGGACCUGGAGAUAUCACCACCCUUCACUGUCAGUGGAUCAAUGAAUGCCCCGGGCCCCCUCUCUAUUUACAAUUACUCCCAGUUCCAAGACAGUGAAGUCUGAUAGUCUGGAUAUUAACAGUAUGAUGGUCACUUUCUACUAUCUCAAUUCUCAACUCAUCAGUCCCAACCAGUUUUGCUUGAAACAAACUGUACAAAUGUCAUGUUUUCUUAGUAAAGGAUAAUGCCCGUGA